CCCAUGUUUAGACUCAAUACAGGAAGUAAUAGACAGUAGAGACAGCGAGGCCGGACCAAGCUAAGAUGGCUUGCAGUGACACAAAGAAGUCCAGCCUGGGUGGUGCUUGCUGUGACAGUGAUUACAGCAGUUGUGCAGCAGCUAUGGAGAAGGAGAGAGAGUCGUAUCUCAGCCCGACUGAGAACCCCUCGACUAUUAGUGUCUCUUCUUGUUUCCAACCAGACCAGCAAGGCUAUGAUGUAGACUUUGACCCUCCACUAGAAAGCAAGUAUGAAUGUCCAAUCUGUCUGAUGGGCCUCAGGUCAGCAGUGCAGACACCAUGUGGACAUCGAUUUUGCCAUUUGUGCAUCAAGAAGUCCCUCAGUGACACGGGGCAAAAAUGUCCGAUUGACAAUGAAGUGCUGCUAGAAGAACAGCUUUUCCCUGAUAACUUUGCCAAUAGAGAGAUCCUCUCACUCACCGUUCGCUGCCGAAACGAAGGGUGCAAUGAAAAAAUGGAGUUGCGGCAAUUGGAGAAACACUCCCCUAAGUGUAGGUUUGCCACAGAGCAGUGCACUCAGUGUUUUGAAUUUGUUCGUAUAAGCCUUAUGGAUGAGCAUAAGACCCAGCACUGCUUACAGCGCCUCAUGACCUGCCCUGACUGUGCAGGGAGCUUUGUGUUUGCUGGCAGACAGAUUCAUAAACAGAUGUGUCCUUUUGCUAAUACAGCGUGUGAAUAUUGCGAAAUGGAGCUUAUUCGGGAUCAGUUGGAAUCGCAUUGUGCCACAGACUGUGUAAAGGCACCUGUAGCCUGUACCUUCAGUACGUUUGGUUGUCGUGAAAAGAUGCCGAGAAAUGAGCUGGCCCAGCACAUGCAAGAAUUUACACAGAUGCACAUGCGUUACAUGGCUGAGUUUCUGCGCAACCAGACUCUUAAUGGCCCUCUUGCGCCAUCAGCAUUUGCCCAUUCCUCAGCAGAUGAACGUGGUGCUUCCUCUCGGCCAGCAGAACAUUGCCAGUGUAGCCAGGAGCUUAGGAACUUAAGGGAGACUGUUUCGGAGCUGGAGGGACGACUUGUUCUCCAAGACCAGCUGAUCCGAGAGCUGUACAUUAAGAAUGAGACCCAGAGAACCCAGCUUACUGAAUCACGUCUUAAGCUGAGCACACUGGAAGAGGCCACCCGAGAGCUGGAAGCCCAGCAGUACCAAGGUGUCUACGUGUGGCGGCUCGAAAACUUCUCGGCCCACCUGCGGAACCAGGAGGCCGGUCAACCUGUAGUUCUUCACAGCCCACCUUUCUACACGGGACGGCCGGGCUACAAACUUUGCCUUCGGCUGCACUUGCAAACCCCCAGUGCUCCGCGCUGUUCCAACUAUAUCUCGCUUUUCGUGCACACUAUGCAGGGUGAGUUUGACAGCCAGCUCUCUUGGCCCUUCCAGGGCACGAUUCGGCUUUCCGUGUUAGAUCAAGUCGAAGGGCAACACCACGUGGAAGUAAUGGAGACCAAACCGGACCUGCAGGCUUUCCAGAGGCCCACUGUGCAGCGCAACCCCAAGGGUUUCGGCUAUGUCACUUUUCUGCAUCUACAGGCAUUGCGCCAGCGUGGGUUCGUGAAAGAGGAUGUGCUAUUGGUGCGCUGUGAGGUCACACCACGCUUUGACGCUAGCCUCAGGCGUGAGGGUGUCCAGCCUCGGGGCCCAGAACCUUCACUUUGAGUUCCUAGAUUUCAACACCGCCCUUUUACAUUCUUAAGUUCUCAUGUGUCGCUCAGACAUACUCUGUUGAAAUGUGGCAAAACCAGUACUUUAUGAGACUUACAGUACACAAUAAUUACAACUAGGUACGUAGUUUAAUUGUGAAAAAGUGUUUUAUAUAAAAUGUU